AUGGACGCCUCUGAUAAGGCUGCAGGCGGAGCACAAGACACACCGUCUCCUGGUGCAGGGCAGCAAGGAACGCCUGCUGCUGCUGCUGAAGGAGAAGGGGGCGCCCAAGGGAUCGGAGCAGCGGAAUCAGCAGCAGAAGCAGCAGCACAAGCAGCUGCAGCACAAGCAGCAGCAGACGCAGCAGCAGCAGCAGAAGCAACGAUAGCAGAAGCAGAAGCAGCACAAGCUGCAGCAGCAACCCAAGCAGCAGCAGCAGAAGCAGCCGCAGCCGAAGCAGCAGCAGCAGCAGAAGCAACGGCAGCAGAAGCAGCAGCAGCAGAUGCAGCAGCUGCACAAGCAGCAGCAGCAGAAAUAGCAGCAUCAGCAGAAGCAGCAGCAGCAGCAGCAAGAGAGUUUCGUCCAGCUGUUGGUCUGUCCUUCGGUAGCAAAGGCGUAAGAGAAGCUGCUGUUGCUGCUGCUGCUCCUGCUGCUUCUGCUGCAGCACCCGGCACACCUCUCCUAGGCAGCAGCAGAAGCAGCAGCAGCAACAGCAGCAGCAGCAGCAGCAGCAGCAGCAGCAGCAGCAAUUCGCAGGAGACAAAGAAAGGCAUUUGGAGGAGACUGCUAAAAGAGAGCAGAGACAAAACCCCGCAGACACCCAAAGGCUGCAUUAUAAUCCUCGGUUGCGAAGAUGUAGGGAAGACGAGUUUGCUGCAUGAGUUGCAGCAGCAAGGAGCAUGCGGUGUGUUGACAGCAGCAGAAUCUCAUCAAGACACGGGGGGCGUUGCUGCUAUAGAUUUUGCUUACAUAGGCGUACAUUAUAUUUCUUCUCUUGAAGACACAGCAGCAGAUGCAGCAGCAGAUGCUGCUGCAGAUGCUGCUGCUGAUGCUGCUGCUGUUGCUCGCGUAUAUAUUCUACAAAACAAAGACGCAUGGGAGCGUCUAUGCGACUGUCUCUCCGGGGUGUCUCUGCAGCAUUUAGCUGUUCUAAUUUGUAUAGAUUUGAUGAAGCCUUCUUCUUGUCUUUCUACUGUCUCCUCGUGGAUUAAUGUAGCUGAGAAAAUUACUGAUAAGUUGAGGCAGCAGCUGUCUGCACAGCAGCAGCAGCAGCUUUUUAAUAGGA